UCUGUUUAAGCAUUCAAAAUGAGUCCGAAACUAGUUUUCAUUUUCUUCUGCCUUCAAUUGUGUCAUCUGUCCAUGUCAAUGGAAAUACCACAAACUUAUACUCAAUUGAGCGAUUCUUCAAAAUGUGUUGCUUCAUGUGGCAAGUUCAAUCUCCAAAUUGGCAAGAAACUCUAUUACGUUGAAUCCAAGGAGAAGGUCAAUUGGUAUAAAGCAGUCAACAACUGCCGUAAGAUGGGCGGAUACUUGUUGAACAUUGAGAGCAGUACGGAAAUGGAUUUGUUUGCCGCUUUAUAUCCAUCGGACAGCCUGUGGACAUCCUCAAACACUCUGUCAAAAGUUAAUCUAUUCUCAAACAUUCUGCCAGGAACUUUUCUAUCCAUCACGACUGGAGAGCCGAUGCCCUACAAUAGAUGGAAGGAGGGAUAUUUGGACCGUAAUAAUUUGUGUGUGGAAAUGACCAAGGGAUUUCUGGAUUCGAUAAAUUGUGAAAAUUUGAAGUACUAUGUGUGCCAAGCACACAUACUUUAUUGAUGAAUUAUAAUUAGUUAAUUCACAUACUUUUCUGGCAAAUAAAUCGAACGAAAAACAAUAUACAAUUUACAUUAUC